GACAGAAGUUGAGUUUUUCCAACAAAAACGAACUUUCCACUGCAGGGUAUAAACUAAAACAAUAAUUUAGGUUGUCUAUCUUUUCAAAAAUUUCGACCUGAAGAUUUGCUACUUCUAGCUUUCCCCCUGCACCUUUCUUGACGCUAUAAAAUCGAAGAUAAACAACAAUCAAGCAUGAACGACGGGCAAGAGAGUUUCCCCCAGAGGCCCAGGCGGGUCGUCCUGCCCCCUCUGUCCAGCAGGACGCUGCACCACCCCUCCUUCAUGUCUGUGUACGCGGCAGCAGGCUCAGUCCAGCAGCCCAUUGACUCUCACAGCCAAACAGGCCCUCCCAUGGCACCAGCCGAGUUCUUCUACACUGACCCCACCGUGGGCCAUGGGGGAAGGAUCCCAAACUUAGUGAGCACGUUGAGGGGAUUUGAGCGCUUCCAUCUCAACACCCCACCACCAAUUAUGUCCUCCUGCCCAGUCCCACCAAGCCAGCCAGACCCAUUCAGGUCUGGGCCAACCCCCACCAUAAAUCUAGGCAGCGCCUCUUGGAGAAUGGAGCCUGUCGUCCUGCCCAGCCGGGUGAUCCUCCAGCUUACCUUGGAGGAAGACCAGGCCAUUACUAACCUCCUGAAACUACACCACCAAGAGCCUCUACAAAGGCAAGAUGGCAAUGCCUUUAUCGCUCCCCAAGGGAACCCCUCUGGUGUCGGUGAGUCAUUGGAGGACGACAUGAACAUGGAAAUGGACUUUAGCCUGUCCAUAAGUCACCCUGAGCUCAUGGACCUCACUCCGAUUGAGGAAAUAGAUGAGUUCUGCAACACUGAGGGCGAGCAUCCCUGGGUAGCCAUUUUGGGGAGCCAGUUGCAUCAAGGAAGACUUUGGUCAGACGUGGAGCUUGAGGCAGCAAAGACCCUCUUGACUUGUUUGAGCCUGUCAGACCCAGAUGGGCUCUGGGAGCAGAACCAGCACAGACCAGCAGAAACACAUCCUGCUCUGUCACUAAGCGCUGAGAUCCCACCAGUAUCUGAAACUUUGCCGGCAUUGAUAAGUGGCGUUAGUUUUGAUUCAGCUCAGACAAACGUGGGCUACACCACUUUCAGCUGUGUUGGCAGUUGUAACUGUGAGAAUGGAGAGCCAGUGUGGGCAGGCUCUGUGGAGAGCAGUUAUGUUCACCAUGUUCGUCUGCUGUGCCAUGAGGACCAUCUGGCGCUGCCUUUGCCAAUAUCUUCAUCGCCGCCAUCCUCACUGUCCUCAGAUUCAGAGGUGGAGAGUGGGCCAGGUGCCUUUGGAGAUUUGCUGAGAGUGAAGGGAGGAACGCUCUCCGAGUCUGAAGGGACUGCUGUGCAGGCACUGCUGAUCCUUGGGGACAGGGAAACCCCAGACGCUCAGUUUGUCUUAAAACCCUAGAGCCUGGCUCCCUCGACAGCUUACAUAUAACCUGCCUCGUUUUACAAACUAGUUGAGUUUUGUGCAGUGUUCCUACUGUGUUUUUGCACUGUUCAUUUUUAAAAUUGAGCCAAAUAUAUCUUGAAAUACAUAUUUUUUCCGGAGGUAGCUAUUUUUUAAAUUUCCCACUGGAGAACAAAAACAAAAUUGAUGAGAAUUUUUUUUCCAUUUCCAACUUUCAGUACAUGUGCUUUGUAAUGUUCUUCCUGUUGGUGUUUAAUAAAAAUGUUUCUCAGUUGAAA